GCGGAACGCGCUGGUGGCGCGCGCCCUCUGUAAACGAAAAGAAUUCUGCGGAAGACUAUAGCGGUGCUCUCGAUUCUCGUGGCAGCUUGGGGUUACCCACCUGUUGUGGAAACAGCACUGCGCACGCGGUGCGGGCCGCCUCCCCUCCCCCCCGCCAGUUUUCUUGAGUCGCACGGUGACGCCAUUACGGAGCGCGCCAAUCAGGGCUGGCUGGAGGGCGGGCUCUUCAAAUUUGAAUUCCGAAACUUGUGUCAGGGAGCCUCGCUGAGGAAGUGAGGGUCACCUGUGGCCGGACUACGGGGGGCUGGAGCCGACUUGGGCCAGAGGGCGAGCCCUGGGGCGCCCGGCCCACCCCCACGCGAAGCCAAGCCCGGACUGCCGCCUUCUAGCUCUAUCAGGCCCUUCACCCAAGGUUCCUCUGGGCCCCUGCUGAAAGUCUCCUAUCCUGAAAAUUGUGGUUAAGUGCAUUAUCUGUUAGAGAAAACUUGUUGCUACUGUUUAUCAAGAUGAUUGCAACACCUUUGAAACAUCCAGGAAUUCAUUUGUCUUCAGACACAUCUUCCCAAAGAAGAAAUAUGCCUAUGCAUGCAGUCUUUUUUGACAGCAUUCCUGCAGGCACACUUACUCCUGUAAAAGAUUUGGCAAAAUAUCAGAACCCCUCUUUAAAAUUGAAUGACCAUGAAAAAACUCAUUUCCUAGAAAUGACAAAUUUUAAUAAUAAAAAAAUAUUUCAUUCUACCAUGCUAGCAGAGACUACCUCCUCUAACAGCUCUCUUGAUAUCAGUGUUAUAAAGCCCAACAAGGAUAGAUUAAAAAAUAAAGCAAACUAUGAAUCACCAGGAAAAAUAUUUCAAAGAAUGAAAGAAAAAGUACUGCGUGACAAGCAAGAACAAGCGUCAGGCAACAGUAGUUUGUUGGAACCACUGAAAAGUGAAAAGAAAAUUUUCACUCCCAAAGGAGAUGAGAAAAGAGUAUUGCAGAAUACCUGCGUCUGUGAAGAAAAGGAAAACAACAAAUCACUCCAAUCAGAUAACAUUUCACCAAGAGUGCAAGAAGUUCCUCUAGAAUCAUCAAAUAGUACUUUCGUUCCGAUAAAGCAAAAGAUUCAAUGUCAGCAGGAAAAGAAAGCACCUCUGCAUAAUUUAACUUAUGAGAUUCCAUUUCUGAACCAAGAACAUGAAAAUGUUUCAGCUGCAGGAUUCUCAAACAAGACAUUACCUAGAACUCAGUUGGAUAAACAAAUUCUUCACUCAAAGGAGAAUACAUUUGUAACCACUAAGUCUAAAAAGGACACCUUUGUUUUAGAAGGUGUUGAUUCUAUCAUUGAAAAAUCCCAAAAUACCACUGUUGAGACUCUAAAUACUAACUGUGUUCCUGUUAAAAAUGAUGAUCAGUUAAUGGUUUCUGAUAGUAAAGUGGCAACAAAAAGGACUUCACAACAGGAAAUUAAGGAAGGAAAUGAGAACUCAGUGCCCAGAGAGACCGAUCUUCUGGGUUCCAUGAAUGAUACAUGUAAAAUCGUGCUUGCAACUCCAAGAUUUCAUAUAACAAUACCUCAGAAAUCAAAAAGAAAUGCUUCAAAUCGUUCUCUUCCAAGUACACCUCAAACUCUUUCAAAUGAAGUUAAAGAAAUUAAGGUGGUCCAACUACAGGAAUGGAUGAUUAAAGUCAUCAAUAAUAAUACUGCUAUAUGUGUAGAAGGAAAAUUGACAGACAUCACUAACAUAUAUUGGCACAGUAAUGUAAUUAUAGAACGGAUUAAGCACAACAAACUUAAGACUUUAUCAGGCAACAUUUAUAUAUUAAAAGGGAUGAUAGACCGGAUUUCCAUGAAAGAAGCAGGAUAUCCAAAUUAUCUCAUAAGGAAGUUUAUGUUUGGCUUUCCAGAAAAGUGGAAAGAGCAUAUUGAUAAUUUUCUAGAACAAUUAAGGGCUUGUGAAAAGAAAGAGAGAAAGGCCAGACAAAAACAGAAAACUGGAAAAUUUAUCCCUGACGUACAAAAAUCAGCGAAAAAUAAUGCAAGAGAAAACCAAACAGAUGUUCUGCAAAGAGCCAGCACCACUUAUGACAUUGAUUGUUGUCAUUUGGAACUGAAAAAUGGUAAGCGCAGGAGGUUGCCAGCAGCCCCAGAAUUAAACGUGUGCCAUGAUAAUUGCCAAAAUAAACCACGAUUAAGGUUCUCAGAUGACCAAAUGCAUAAUACUUGUCAAAAUGGAGGAGAAAAUGACUUAACUAAUCAGGAAAUAAUUGGAAAGAAAGCAUACAAAAAGUUGUCUUCAAAGAAACUUGAAAAUUGUGAAAGAACAAAUGAAAGGAUAAUUAAAAGUCAGAAGCAAGAGAGAACUGAAGAAUCGAAUGUAUCCAUUGACAUUCUGACCUUAAGGCAACCGUUUUUCUUGGACGAAGAAAGAAAAUGUAUGGCUCUUAAUCCGAAGAAAGCUUAUAUUUUAAUGACACCACUUAAAUCUAAAAAAGUGAUAGAACAAAAAUGCAUGAAGUAUAAUCUCUCUUAUAGCACCAUUAAAGCAGUUACAGAUUUUGCAGUGCCAAAGCAUCAAAAAGAAAGUAAAUCAGACUUAAAUGAAACUAGCAGUUUGAUCAGUAAGCCCACAAAAACCUUCAAAAAUGCAUUUGAGUUUAGUGAGGGCCAUGAAAGUAAAAACAAGGAAGACUGCAGUGCAUGUGAUUUACUCACUGUCAACCAGAAAAUCAAAAUAUCUAGUCCUAAAAAAGAACAAAUGGUCACCUCUGACUUUAAGAAAAAUGCAAGGUUGUUACCAAAAUCGAAGAAAAUAAAAAAUGUGUCUAUGUCAUUUUACAAGCAGCAGUCCUCAUCAGAUUUGUCUAGUGAAGAGAGUGAAACAGAAAAGGGAAUUAGAAGGAAAGCUGCAGUUGCUAAGAAAAAUACAGCAAGAAAUACUGAAGAAACAGUGGUUCACCUGAGGAAAAGCACAAGAAACACCACAAGGAAAAUCCCAGUGAUUUCUGAAUCUGAAACUGAAGAAAGUGAAAGUGAAUUUUAUAUCAAACAAAAGAAAGCUAGAUGUUCUGCUAAAGAAAAUCUUCAGAAGUCUGGUAUUAGGAAUGAGUUUCCAGUUAUUGAGGCGAUCAGAUCUGAUGAGACAAACAGGCAUCCCUUUGAAUGUUUUCCUGGUUUAAUUCAGGAUGAGGAAUGGAAUGAGAAGGAAUUACAGAAACUUCAUUGUGCUUUUGCAUCUUUUCCAAAGCACAAACCUGGUUUCUGGUCAGAUGUAGCAAUGGCUGUAGGUUCUCGAUCUGCUGAAGAAUGCCAGAGGAAAUACAUGGAAGACCCCAGAGGAAAAGAAUCCCAGAAACCUGUCACUAAGAAAAAACCAGUUAAUCCCAAAGGCCAAAAUGGCAAAAUAGGUGAUGCUGAUAAGAAGCAAAUGAUUAAGGUAACUGCCAAAGUGGGAACUCUUAAAAGGAAGCAGCAAAUGAGGAAUUUUCUGGAACAGUUGCCAAAAGAUGAUCAUGAUGAUUUUUUCAGUACAACACCUUUGCAGAACCAGAGAGUAGUGUUGCCAAGUCUCCAGGACAGUGCAGAAGAGGAUGAUAUUCUGCCCAGUAUGGACAAAAAUCCAACAACUCCAUCAUCAGUUGUCUUUCCAUUGGCAAAAACUCCUCAGUGUCAGCAUGUCAGUCCUGGCAUGCUAGCCUCUAUAAAUAGUGCCCCUGGGUCAACACUGAAGCAUGUUGCUACAGCACAAUGGCCUGAAACACCCGAAUACUACAGAGAAAUAGAAGGUUAGGUCUGGGUCUCACUCCAAGAUGACAAUCAAGGAAAGGAAUCAGUUAUAUACAGGUAAGGGAUUCCUGUUACUAAACCUUUAAUUAACCCCUAUUUAACUACUAUAACUAUAAACUCUUAUUAAACUAUAAGCCCCUAGAACUAUAAACUCUUAAAAACUAAAAGUGGUUUUAGGGAUGGAUUAUUUCAGCAAUAAUAAGACAAGGAGAAGCAGGAAACUGGAAUACUUAGCCAUUCUAAAAAGAGAAAUUUAAACGAAGGAAAUCAGGUAGUGUCCCUAACUCUUCUCCUCAAUAAAGACAGUUACAUAUCUGAAGCCUUCAGUGGGGAAAAGAAAAGUUAAUCUGUGGGGAAUUAGUUCUGAGCAUGUAAUUUCUGUUAAUUUUAUCUUGUAGGAAGCCUAUUUUCCUAUCUCCUUUUCAUAAAACUAGCAAGUUUCCUUACAGAGUUUUACUAAGAAAACUGAUCACACUCAAAAAAUUAAAACCUAAAGGCGCACCUGAGUGGCUCAGUUGGUUAAGCCUCUGACUCUUCAUGUCCGCUCAGAUCAUGAUCUCACAGUUUGUGGGUUCAAGCCUCACAUAGGGCACUACACUGACAGUGGGCACUAUGAUGACAGUGUGAAGCCUCCUUGGGAUUCUGUCUCCCUCUCCCCCACCCUCUUUCUCUCAAAAAUAAAUAAACAUUAAAAAAAUUAAAACCUACGCAUCCUUAUACAAAUUAUCAAUAUAAUUUAGCAUGCUAUUUUCUUGUUUGAAGAAUUUCACCACUUACUAAUUUUUGUUUGACCUAGUUAUUUAAUACAAAACACAAAAGAAAGCAAAACAACAGGGGCUCCUGGCUGGUUCAGUCAGAAGAGCAUGUGACUCUGGACCUUGGGGUUGUGAGUUCAAGCCCCACAUUGGAUGCAGAGAUUACUUUAAACAAAUAAAUAAAUACACUUAAAAAGGCAAAACGACAAAAAAAAACCCUUUCAGUAAACAUAAGGCUUUUUCUCUAAUUUGAUUCAUACCUUCAAAUGAA